AUGACCCUUGCAAAUGUGCGUAGCGAGGCUCGUGUUAUCGCAGGUACAUGUGCAUUGGACGAGGUGGCCCCCAAGGCGGUGUAUGGCGCUAAGAAGCAGGCGGAAGGACCGUUUGAAUGGCCGGAGUUCUGCACCGCGCUGAAAAAUGCAUUCAUGGCCGCAUUACGCAUGCUCGAGAAGCCCUUGUCUGAGGAGGAGACGAUGCACACCUUCAUCAAAGGCCUCCCUGUCAAGCUGCAGCGGGCACACAUGACCGGUGGCAUGACCAAUUGGAGGACUUACAAGGAGCUGAAGGAGCAGGUGAUCAAAACGGAUACCACCAUUCGCACGUAUCUGGAUGGUCCCGAGGAGCCAGACCAGCAGCCUCGUGCUGAAGGCUCUGGCGGUCGGGGAAACCGACCCCAUAAUGCCAAAGGCGGAGGGGCCUUUCUAGCAGCGUGA